AUGUCUCAGGCAGUAGAAUUGACCAAUCACGAGCCGUUAACGUGGCAUGAGGUCCAAUUCUACCAUCCCUGCCGGGCCUCUACAUCAUUUAGAGCUAUCUUCAGUGUGAUAUCGGGCGGUACAUACACAAUCAACCCAGAGGGAUUCGGUAAUGGCGGUCUUCGUGUCUACUGUGACAUGGAAACUGACGGCGGAGGAUGGAUCGUGUUUCAGAGGCGAAAAGAUGUCAGCGUAGACUUCUACCGUAACUGGGCCGAGUACCAGUCUGGCUUUGGCGAUCUGUCCGGUGAGUUCUGGUUGGGGAAUGACAACUUGGUGACUCUGACGUCUGAUGAUUCACGUGGAACAUGGGAGCUACGCGUUGAUUUAGAGGACUGGGAGGGCAACACAUCAUAA